CUGCAACAAGUAGAGGAGGGAGGAGAGGAGACCAGAAGGAGAUACAAAAAGGUUGGAGUCAAGGAAGGAAGGGAGCAGGAGGAAGAGGAGAGGCUCUCUCGCUCCCUCAACCUCUCUGCGUCUCUUGUUUUUCUUGGCCCCUCAGCAUACCCUGCACCAUCCAACUGGUCGGUGCAUCGCCCGGAGUUGAUUCCGGUAGUCGCGACAGGCGUACGUGCUCAACCCCCGGCCGGACUAUACAUCAGUCUGCAGGAAAUGAUGAUGUUCGGAGCUCCCCUGAGCCCCGAGGAGCCCCGGCUCACCUCGCCGCCGAGCCUGCACCAGGCGUCAUCGACCAUCGUUGUCGCCAUCGACCGGGACCGGAACAGCCAGCUGGCCAUGAAAUGGGUCGUCGAUCACCUCCUCAACAGCGCCGCUCACAUCAUUCUCCUCCACGUCGCCGCCCACCAUCCUGCAGCCAACCAUGGCUUUGCCAUGGCUGAGCCGACACCGGGCGCGCUGGAGGCUGAAAUGAAGGAGAUCUUUGUGCCCUUCAGAGGAUUCUGCGAUAAGAAUGGGGUGGAACAAUCGGAGGUGAUCCUGGAAGAGGCAGACGUCUCCAAGGCCAUCCUAGAGUACAUCACUGCAAACAAGAUCCAGAGCAUCGCGCUCGGCGCAUCCAACAGGAACGCGUUCACCAAGAAAUGGAAGAACCCUGACGUGCCGUCCAGCCUGAUGAAGGGCGCGCCGGACUACUGCAACAUCUACGUGGUGGCCAAGGGCAAGCCCGUCAACGUCAGGCUCGCCAAGUGUGGCGUGUCCACCGACGACAGCGACUUCGCCCUCGGCCCGACCUACUCCAGGAGGAGCUCCAGGAACCACCUGCCGCCGCCCAUGCCAGAGUCCCUCUCCUGCAGGCGCUCCAUCGACAGAAACAUCCCUGAGCUCACCACGCGGCCGCCGUUCCGUGAGCGCUCGUUGCCGGCGUCCGUCACCAAGCCACUCCUCCUCUGCGGGAGGGUCGACAGCACCGACGGGACCUACCGCUCCACGAGGCGCUCCGCCUCGCACGACUCCGUCGAUGUCGACCCCGACUUUGCGCAGGCGGUGCACUCCUCCUCCAUGGAUUUCAGCGAGAACCUCGACGCGCUCAACCUCAGCCCACGGGAGUCCUGCUCGCCUCUCUCCGGCGCCCAGCGCGAGGUGGAGGGGGAGAUGCGGCGCCUGCGGCUCGAGCUGAAGCAGACCAUGGACAUGUACAACGCGGCGUGCAAGGAGGCCAUCAGCGCGAAGCAGCGGGCCAGGGAGAUGCACCUGCUUAGCAUGGAGGAGGCGCGGCUGCUUGAGGAGUCAAGGCAGGCCGAGGAGGCCGCGCUGCAUCAGGCCGAGAUGGAGAAGCUCAAGUGCCGGGCCGCCAUGGAGGCCGCCGAGGCGGCGCAGCGCCUGGCCGACCUGGAGGCACAGCGCAGGCGCAACGCCGAGGUGCGCGCGCGCCGGGAGUCCGACGAGAAGGUGCGCGCCUUGGACGCCAUCUCCAGCCACGACUUCCGCUGCCGCAAGUACACCAUCGACGAGAUCGAGCUCGCCACGGAGCGCUUCGACGAGAAGCUCAAGAUCGGCGAGGGCGGCUACGGCCCGGUCUACAGCGCCAGCCUCGACCACACGCCCGUGGCCAUCAAGGUGCUCCGCCCUGACGCACAGCAAGGACGGAAGCAGUUCCAGCAGGAGGUGGAGGUGCUCAGCUGCAUCCGCCACCCAAACAUGGUGCUCCUCCUGGGCGCCUGCCCCGAGUACGGCUGCCUCGUGUACGAGUACAUGGAGAACGGCAGCCUGGAGGACCGCCUGUUCCGCCGCGGCGGCACGCCCCCGAUGCCCUGGAGCCAGCGGUUCAGGAUCUCGGCAGAGAUCGCCACGGCGCUGCUCUUCCUCCACCAGACCAGGCCCGAGCCGCUGGUGCACCGGGACCUGAAGCCCGCCAACAUCCUGCUGGACCGCAACUACGUCAGCAAGAUCAGCGACGUCGGGCUGGCGCGCCUCGUGCCGCCCGCCGUGGCCGAUAGCGUCACGCGGUACAGGCUCACGGCCACGGCCGGCACCUUCUGCUACAUCGACCCGGAGUACCAGCAGACGGGCAAGCUCGGCGUCAAGUCCGACAUCUACUCCCUCGGCGUGCUGCUGCUGCAGGUCAUCACGGCCAGGCCGCCGAUGGGGCUCACACACCACGUCGAGAAGGCCAUCGAGUCCGACACCUUCGCCCAGAUGCUCGACAUCACCGUCAAGGACUGGCCCGUCGAGGACGCGCUUGGCUUCGCCAAGCUCGCGCUCAAGUGCACGGAGAUGCGGAGGAGGGACCGCCCGGACCUCGGCACCGUCAUACUGCCGGAGCUCAACCGCCUCAGGAACCUCGGCAUUGCCUACGACCAGGUCCGUGCCGCCGCCGCGGCCACCGCCAACGUCAGCGACAGCAGCGCGCACGCCCAGGAGAUCAUCAGCUCGCACACGGUGGACGGGGCGUGGAGAACGGCUCAGAGCUAGCGUUGGCGCGCGAACGGCGCUCCGUCUAUACGCCGUGUCCCCCCUCAGUUAGAGAGUGAGCUUAAAUCACGAGAGGAGAGGGGCAUUGUCGCUGUCCACGUCAAUUUUGGUGUUAAAGUAAUUAAACUUGGUGUAUGUAGUUUGUCGCAUGCUCAACAGUAACAAGUUUGCAGUCCUGACUCUUAAUUUUUAAUUUUGAUGACAAAUUUUGUA